CUUCCUCACCAUUUUAUCUCAUCAAACAAAGACACAUUCAAAUCUCAUAAACACAUUAGUAAAUAAAAUCCUCUGGAGAGACAAUACAAAGAAUGAUACUUCUUCACCAAUUGUAUCUGUCCCUCUUCUCAUGUCUCUUCCUUGUUCUAGCUCCGACCUUCACUGCCUCCAACCAUGUCUCCGACCCUGAACUCGUAGUUCAAGAAGUAAACGAGAAGAUAAAUGCGUCUAGAAGGAAUCUUGGUGUCCUCUCGUGUGGGACCGGAAACCCUAUCGACGACUGUUGGAGAUGCGACCCGAAAUGGGAGAAGAACCGACAACGACUAGCUGAUUGCGCCAUUGGUUUUGGCAAACACGCUAUCGGUGGCCGAGACGGCAGAAUCUACGUGGUGACUGACUCCAGCGACAAUGACGCGGUUAACCCUAAACCGGGAACUCUAAGACACGCAGUGAUCCAAGACGAGCCGCUGUGGAUCAUCUUCGCACGUGACAUGGUCAUAAAGCUGAAAGAAGAGCUGAUGAUGAACUCGUUCAAGACCAUAGACGGCCGUGGAGCUAGCGUGCACAUCGCCGGCGGCGCGUGCAUCACUGUUCAGUACGUGACUAACAUCAUCAUCCACGGUAUCAACAUCCAUGACUGCAAGAAGAGAGGGAAUGCUUACGUCAGAGACUCGCCAUCACAUUACGGCUGGAGGACGGCGUCGGACGGAGACGCCGUCUCGAUCUUCGGUGGGUCCCACGUGUGGGUGGACCACUGCUCGUUGUCUAACUGCGAUGACGGUCUGGUCGAUGCGAUCCGUGGAUCGACGGCCAUUACGAUAUCUAAUAACUACUUGACGCAUCAUAACAAAGUGAUGCUUUUGGGACACAGUGAUUCGUACACGAGAGACAAGAACAUGCAAGUCACCAUUGCUUUUAAUCAUUUUGGUGAAGGGCUUGUUCAGAGAAUGCCCAGAUGUAGGCAUGGGUAUUUUCAUGUGGUAAAUAAUGAUUAUACGCAUUGGCAAAUGUACGCAAUUGGUGGGAGUGCAGCUCCAACGAUUAACAGUCAAGGCAAUAGGUUUCUUGCUCCCAAUGACCACGUCUUCAAAGAGGUGACUAAAUACGAAGAUGCACCACAAAGCAAAUGGAAGAACUGGAAUUGGAGAUCAGAAGGUGACUUGUUCCUAAAUGGUGCGUUUUUUACGCCCUCUGGUGGAAGAUCCUCUUCAAGCUAUGCAAAAGCUUCAAGUCUGUCGGCUAGACCGUCCUCGGUGGUGGCUUCUGUGACGGGCAAUGCUGGUUCUCUCUCUUGUAGAAAAGGAUCUCGAUGUUAAUCCGAUCCAUCUACUUAAGCUACAAUGCAUCUAAUUAACACAAAAGGAGGAUUUGUUGGUCCUCCUAUGUCAAUUUUUCGUUACCCUUUAGUUUUAUUAUGGGAAGUAAGGGUUAAAGUUGUAAGUUGGAUUUGAUGUGUAUAUUAAAGUGUUGUAUGGAUCCCCUUUGGACCAAUGAGUUUUUUAAAAAACUUUUUGGAGUAGGGACCAAUGCAUGUUGUGGUGGGGGACAUGCACAAGUGCUGCAAGAUUAUUGUUGAUAUUA